AGUCAUCCCUCUGGUCUGGUCUGGCGAUCGUGGAGAGGAGGCAGGGAGGCUUCAUCCUUCCCACCGGCUCAUCGCCAGAGGCUGGAGGCUCGGCGAGACCUCCCCCAGAGAAGCCCUGCCCCACCGGAUAAGUUUUCCGCCGCCAAGACAGCCCUGCAGCUGGGGCCGCCGGCGCCCCGCAGCCCGGGACACCGGCCACCCACCCUCCGCGCCAUCCACCCUCGCGGGCUCCGGCUUCCUCUGGCCCAGGCGCUGCGCGAACCCUGCAGGGGCGCCCGCCGAGCUCCACGGUGAAAAAAAAUAGAGUUGUAAAAGCGAUACAUUAAGACUUUUCUUCAAAUUUGCAUCAAGAUGGAAAUGUUUUGCCUCAGAGCAUCCUUUUGGCUGGCACUGGCUGGAUGUGUGAUCUGUGACAAUCCUGAGAGAUACAGCACAAAUCUAAGCAAUCAUGUGGAUGACUUUACCACUUUUCGGGGGACAGAGGUCAACUCCCUGGUGACUACCCAUCGACCCACAAAUUUGGCCCUCCCCAGCAACGGUUCAAUGCACAACUAUUGCCCACAGCAGACUAAAAUUACUUCCGCUUUCAAAUACAUUAACACUGUGAUAUCUUGUACUAUUUUCAUCGUGGGAAUGGUGGGGAAUGCAACUCUGCUCAGGAUCAUUUACCAGAACAAGUGUAUGAGGAAUGGCCCCAACGCACUGAUAGCUAGCCUUGCCCUUGGAGACCUUAUCUAUGUGGUCAUUGAUCUCCCUAUCAAUGUGUUUAAGCUGCUGGCUGGGCGCUGGCCCUUUGACCACAAUGACUUUGGCGUCUUUCUUUGCAAGCUGUUCCCCUUUCUGCAGAAGUCCUCAGUGGGAAUCACCGUCCUCAAUCUCUGCGCUCUCAGCGUCGACAGGUACAGAGCAGUUGCCUCCUGGAGUCGUGUUCAAGGAAUUGGGAUUCCCUUGAUUACUGCCAUUGAAAUUGUCUCCAUCUGGAUCCUCUCCUUUAUCCUGGCCAUCCCCGAAGCCAUAGGCUUUGUCAUGGUGCCUUUUGAAUACCGGGGUGAACAGCACAAAACCUGUAUGCUCAAUGCCACAUCAAAGUUCAUGGAGUUCUACCAAGAUGUGAAGGACUGGUGGCUCUUCGGGUUCUAUUUCUGCAUGCCCUUGGUGUGCACUGCAAUCUUCUAUACCCUCAUGACCUGUGAGAUGUUAAACAGAAGGAAUGGCAGCUUGAGAAUCGCCCUCAGUGAACAUCUUAAACAGCGUCGAGAAGUGGCGAAAACUGUUUUCUGCUUGGUUGUAAUUUUCGCUCUUUGCUGGUUCCCUCUUCACUUAAGCCGUAUUUUGAAGAAAACUGUGUAUGAUGAGAUGGACAAGAACCGAUGUGAAUUACUUAGCUUCUUGCUGCUCAUGGAUUACAUCGGUAUUAACUUGGCAACCAUGAACUCAUGUAUAAACCCAAUAGCUCUAUAUUUUGUGAGCAAGAAAUUUAAAAAUUGUUUCCAGUCAUGCCUCUGUUGCUGCUGUCACCAGUCCAAAAGCCUGAUGACCUCAGUCCCCAUGAACGGAACAAGCAUCCAGUGGAAGAACCAUGACCAGAACAACCACAACACAGAGAGGAGCAGCCACAAGGACAGCAUUAACUAACCAUCUGCAAGACAUUCAUUGAUUCUCCUUGAAAUCCUAUUGGAGAAAAAAUUUCACGCAGUAACUGUGUCUCCAGGAGUCUCUUCUCUGAUCCUUCUUCCUUCAUUCAGGCCCUCCUCUGGAUAAAAAGUGCUCUCCAUAUGUUUUCCAAAGCAGUGGAAGGUGGAUUCAUUUAUAUCCACCAAGCUCAUAAAUCUCACUUCUUUAAUUUAUCUAAUGUACAUAUUCCAUACGUUAUUUGGACACUAAAAAGUGAUGGGAAUUGGAGGAGAAUGGAGACUAUCACGUGAACCUGAAGGAUAUUUGCUACUUUGCAUGAAAUUAGGGAUUUUCAAGUACAUAACUAGAUUUUCUAAUUUUUAAGUGUUUUUUUUUCUUCCAAAUAGCAUGGGUUUAAGUCACCUUUUUUUAAAAUGUCAUUCAGUGCCAGUAUUUCUUAACUAUGUGGUAGCCUAGAAAUGAUGGAGCCUAUUGACAAACAUUUUGUUGAAAAAAAAAAGGAAAAGAAAGAAAGAAAAGACAAGAACAAUAUUCAGGUGAACAAUUACAUUAAUGUUUCUCACUGUUUUAUUUUUUAAAACAUGAGUUCUAAAGCUGCAACAAAUACAGGCAUACAAACCACAGACUGGUAACCACAUAUAGUAGUUUAACAGCUGCUAUUCAAAGAAUGUUUAAGAGCUUGUGUUUUCUUUUUAAAUAGUGUUUUAUUACAGAAGACCUUGAACAUAUUUUUAUGUUAAUUUCAAAAAUAAUGCUGGGAUCCAAUAGUUCUGUUUUUCACAAACCCAAAUGUUCUUUUAAUGUUAAGUUUUUUAAAAUGUUAAAAUCAUGUUCCAAAAUUUAAAUGACUCAUUAAACCAAGCCUGAGACUUUCAGUGCAAUGUUGAGAUGUCUAAAGCAUAGCUAGGAGAAAAAGAUUGAAUAUUUUUAGAAGAUUUGGAAACUUUCACUGAGAUUUUGGUAACAGUAACAUACAUGGGUGUGUAUCUAUAUCUGUAUCCAUGUAUAUAGACACACAUAUCGCCUUAUAUUCUCUUAAUUUCUCCUAAAUUGUUAGCUGGCCAUAAGACUUUUUUGGGUUAUUCUUUUCUCCAGUUAGGAAAGAUAAUUUCCAAGUGUCCAGGCAAGUGUUCCAUGUCAGUGAAAUAUAGUUAUUGCUACCAUGGACUUUUGAUUCUUCUUUGGGUGACCACAAGGAACCCAAAUCCCCACCUCAUCCCUACUCCCUAGUGGUCACCAUUUCAAAGGGCCCACAAUGACUUUUUCUGGGCAUUUUCCCAAAUGUUUACAGACUGUGAGUAUAGCAAAAAAAGAAAAAAAAACUUUUACUAUGUGUGUAUAUGUACAUAUAUAUAUAAACAAUUAUAAGUUUCUUUUAGUUGAUUUUUGUGAUUGUCUCUAUAGAGUGUGUGUGUGUGUGUGUGUGUGUGCGUACGUGUGUAUGUGUGUGAGUGUGAGAUAUGCAUGAGUGUGGUGGUACAUAUAGAUUUAACCUAAUCUAAUCAUCAUGCCCCAUGGCUGUGUCAAAGCACAUACUCUGAUGGAAUCUAGGUGAUAGUUCAUCGGGACAACCCUCCUUCAUCAGUUGCCACAUAUAAGUACCUCCUGUGUUCACAAAUCUCGUGACCAUAUUACCGUUGCAAAUGGGAUAGGGGAGGCAGCAUGAGAGGGAAUAAGCCAUAAGUUAAAAAUAUAGGGUUUUGGUUGGUUGGUUUGUCAAAGCAGUAUUUGGGGUGACGUUGUUUCAUGAGCUAAAGCAAAAGUCAUUACACUUUAAAGUUUUAGAUGGUUCUAAUUCUCAACUCAAUGUGGUGAUGAGUUUGAAAAACACCAAACUUCAUCAGAUAGAUUUCUGGUGACAAAUUAGCUAACCUAAUUUUUGGAUCAUAUUUUAACACCAUUAUAAGUAAAAUAUGUCAGGUUCCAAUUGUUGGAACUGCAGGGCUAAGAAAUACUCCUCCAUUGUGUGUUAGUGGUCUAAUUCCAUUAUCCUGCUGGUGCAUAAUAUGCAGUGAUAAAAGCCAUUAAUAAAAUAAAUCAUAGGCUUUGUUUUGUUUAGACAAUUGUCUCCUUUUUUUAGAUGCUUUGUUUGUUACAUAUAAAAUUCAUUUUAUAAAUUCAGAAAGUUAUAGAUUUCUGAAUAACUACACAGGCUUCAAUGUACAUUUUGUUUAUUGUCUGGUAGAUAACUGUGGUUUACUCGUGGAACAUUUCCAAUUUUUACCUUUACCACAUCUUUCCAACAAGUAAACUUUGUAGAAAUGAGCCAGAAGCUAGGGCCCUAAGUUGGCAGUGACCCAUAAGUAUAAAAUAAAAGUUUACAGAAGUU